UUGUGUUAUGAAAUAUUCCGCGGUACAUUUUCGUGGUCCAGUUCAAACAUAGGCGGCACCGGGCGGGCGGUGCUGCGUUCAGAGUAACUCGAAAAUAUGUAAACCCCCAAGUUAAUCGAUUGCGCUUUGCUCAAAACUCAAGUAUGUCAGGUCCAUAAAGUCGUGAGUUUGAAUAAAUUACUCUGUAAUUAUGUGUGUGCACGCCUUAUCUCGAGGUUCGUGAUUUCGUAAUAACCAUUUCCGGGAUCAAGUAAGGAAAGUGAAACUAUCACAAGAAACCGCCCUGCGUCCUGGAGACCUCUUCUCUCUCGUGUUCCUUACCACAUUCCCCGCUAAAAGAUGCCUUCCAAAAAGAUGUUGAUCGCGGACGUGCUGGAGAACUUGUCCAAGAAGAACUUUGAAAAGUUCGGGAUGGCUUUGAUGGCCCGCGGCGGCGACCGAAAGGUUGCAUUCAGCAAGGUGGAGGACAAGAACUUCAUGGAGGUAACCAAUGUGCUGGUGUCCACGUUCACCGAGGACGACGCUCCAGCCGUCACCUCUGAACUUCUGAAGUCCAUCAAAUGCUUCAACGAAGCCAAAGAGCUGGAUGAGCAGAUGGCCGAACUGUUCCCAAAGUCAUCUACGAGGAAAACACCAGCAGGAACAAAUGCAUCUUCAAAUGGAGACAAAGCUGGAUCUUCGAGUGACACGGCGUGCUCCAGCGAGGUGCACUUUGUGGAUAAGCACCAACUGGAGCUGACAGAGCGUGUGUGCAACAUUGAUUCCAUUCUGGAUUUCCUGCUGAAGGAGAAUGUCAUCCAGGACGCGAUCUAUGAGAAAAUUAGCUGUACGCCAGGCAACCAGGGCAAGACAAGGAACAUCUACAAGCUAGCUCUCAAGUCCGGCAUCGAUGCCAAGAACAUAUUCUUAGAAAGCCUCAAGAAGUACGAGCCGUUCCUCGUGGCCGACCUCGAGCGCAAAGGGUAGAUGUCUCAUCACGACGUUAAUUCUCUUGUCAUAGUUUUCCUCUUUGGUGUAACCCUUCAGAUAAUUUCCAUAAUCCCAAUCCAGUGUUGAUUGUCU